UGCAUACAUAUAGCUUCUACGCCACCUGCUGAAAGGCUGUUGCCGACAAGCUCAUGCAAUGCUUCCAGCACUCCCAUUCUAUCAUUGUUCUAGAGCUGAAUAACGGUGCUUUUUGACAAAAUCUCCAUACAAAGCAAAAGGAGGACAAAGCAAGAAAGCCGUCUUAAAGAACGGAGCACAAAACCGGCGUGAAAUGGAGAGCAACAAAAAAUGCAACGACUCGGACGGCACCGAUCAAGGCAAGAAUUGUAAAAUGUCUCCAAUUACUCUCAACGUUGGCGGAUAUCUGUACGUUACGCAAAAGCAAACACUAACCAAGUAUCCAGAUUCUUUUUUGGAAAGAGUUGUCAAUGGAAAGGCUCUCUGUCCGUCUGAUGCAGAUGGCCAUUAUUUUAUAGACAGGGAUGGGCUGCUCUUUAGGCACGUUCUGAACUUCCUACGGAAUGGAGAAUUGCUUCUACCAGAGGGAUUUAAAGAAAACCAUCUUCUGGCACUAGAGGCAGAUUUUUUCCAGCUUAAAGUGUUAGCUGAUGCAGUGAAAAUAAGGUGGGAAAAGGAACAGCUUGCAGCCAGAGAAACUACCUUUCUGGAGAUAACAGACAGCCACGACCGUUCGCAGGGCCUUCGGAUUUUUUGCAAUGCUCCAGAUUUCAUAACAAAAAUAAAAUCGCGCAUUGUUUUGGUAUCCAAAAGCAGGCUGGAUGGCUUCCCAGAAGAGUUUUCAAUCUCUUCCAACAUUAUCCAGUUCAAAUACUUCAUAAAGUCAGAAAAUGGGACUCGGCUUGUUUUGAAGGAAGACAAUACUUUCGUGUGCACCUUGGAAACUCUUAAGUUUGAAGCUAUAAUGAUGGCACUGAAAUGUGGAUUUAGGUUGCUGACAAGCCUGGACUGUUCCAAAGGGUCAAUUGUUCACAGUGAUGCACUUCAUUUUAUCAAGUAAUUACUUCUUCUCUCAAUAGACAAAAGGCCACAAGCAUGCAGCCUGUAAAUCUAAUUAAACUUCAAGACAUCGCAAAAUGAUUUAUUCAACUCUGUACACCACAGAGCACUGCUGCUAAUGAAUAAAUGUGAGCUAAUGGUAUGUAAACUGUAACAUCCAUCUAUGAGUUCUUUGUGCCUAAAUUUAUUAAUAAAAGAGAUACUUACUAAACAUGAUUUUAAAAAUCAGACUGAAUGCUGAAGCAAUUUACAUCUCUGUCUCCUCUCUCCUGUCUCUUUACCACAGAAUCUAGCUAAAAUAUUAGUAUGUGCUUUUGUGGCUAAUAUGCAGUACAUCUUAUUUCACUCAAGAGUGAUAAAAGUGUUUUCUUUUCAACAUACACAGUUUUCUAACUAAAUACAUCCUGGUUUUCAGAUACCAAUUAAGUUUCAGUUUUUACUUGCUGGUUUAAAUGCAAGUCAUACUGAAUAAUUACAGAAGAUAUAUAAACAUGCCCACUCCAUUUCAAAAAGCUAUACAGGAGAUUUUAUCUUGUACUUCGAAAAUAUGGUUUACAUAAAGGAACCCAGUUUUGUUGUUUGUUGUAAAGAUUAUAUACUUUGCGAUGUAAGUGAUGAGUAAAAUGCAAUUAUGCUGUUUCUAUCUUGCUUACUAAUUUCACAUAGCUAUUGAACUAAAAAAAAUAUUCAAACUUCAUUUCCACAAAGGCUUGCUUUUUAGGAUCCUGUAUUGCAGGUCUUCCAUAUUAUCAGCAUGAAAACUUAAAUCAACAUAUCAACAUUGCAGUGGUUUGGUAGAAAACAUGUUCUGGCUAGAGGAGGAAAGAAAUGUAGGCAGGUGCUCUACAAAUUUUAAAUUCUGAACCAUAACUAGAAGCGUUAGUUAUGCCCAUCUUGACUAAAACAAUAAGCUGUACUUUAACUAUAUCAUGACAAAUCUUUGAACAAAAUAAGAUGAUGAUGACAAUUAUGUCUAGAGGUUUUUUUGCACUUCUACGAGUGAGAAAAUGACAUAUUGAACCCGGUGAUGUCACACAGAAUUUUGAUCUCCAGCAAGUUUAACACUAAGAGCUACUUAGUAUUUGUAGAGGCCUUUUCAAAGCUCUACACAUAUAUUAACUUGCUGCAAUAUUUCCAAAUAAUCAAAGCAUGCCAUAGUAUACAGAGUAUAUAGUGUGAGAGUAUGAGCAGAGUAUGAGAAAUAAUGGUUUGUCUAAAAGCUAAGCAGCAAGUGUAUGCAAGAGGAGAGGUUCAUACUGGGGACUUUCCAAUUUGUAGCUCAGUCUCUGAUCAAAAGAGAGGUGCAACACACCAGAUUGUCAAUAAUAAAGUUUUCAUUUAUCAACAAGGAUAUAGAAAUGUCAGCUCUUAUAACCUGCCAAUGCUUCCGAAGCGUAUGACCCAAAAUAAGCACACUACAACUACUUUUCAUGUGUUUGGAAUCACAAAAUAGAUAUAGUGGGUGCUUUGCAGAACAUAAAAUGGAUGUGGUCCCAGGUUGGUACGCAGUGAUCGGGACCCUGUUCCAGAGGAACAGCUAUCCGUCCGCAAAACAGGGCUCUGUCCUUACUUUACCAAUCAUCAGCUGCCAGCACGAAUCACAAAAGGCUUCUUAAACCCCCAGAAUUAUUAUU